GUGGGAAGGAAGGCUGUAACAGGUACUGCAACACUCCAUUUUCUUCUCUCUUAUUUCCAAUUUUUGCUUUUUUCACCUUGGUAUCAGCCGGAGAAAUAUUAAGGAUUCCCUUUUUCUGUGCUGGUGAACACAGGAGCCCUUCAACACAACAUGGAGGUCCUUGUCCUGCUCGAAUUUGAAGGUAAAAUGGCAGACGAACUCACCUUGCAUGUAGGUGACUUGGUGAAAAAUGUCACCAAGACAGCUGAGGAAGGUUGGCUGGAAGGAGAACUGCGGGGGAAGAGAGGUGUCUUCCCAGCUAACUUUGUUAAGGAAGUUCCCACAUACUUGAUAGGAGGUGACAAACGAGAACCAAGGAGCUUAAGAAAAUCAAGAGUGGUGAAAACCCAGAUAAGGAAAUGUGAGGUGGCCUUUGCUUACAACCCCAUGAAUGAAGAUGAACUGGAUCUUGUAGUGGGAGAGACCAUAGAGAUUCUCAGAGAGAUUGAAGAUGGUUGGUGGCUCGGCAGGAAAAAUGGCAAAAUCGGGGCUUUUCCAUCAAAUUUUGUCAAAGAGAUUUUUGUUUCUGGAAAAGAUUCAAAGAUGACCGAUGGCAAAAACCGGCCCAAACUCACAGAUUCCUUAUUCAAAAAAGAGAUAAAAGAUCAGCAAAGGGCAAGUGUGAGGAAGAAGACAGCCAACGCGAAGGAAUGCUACCAAGUGAUGUUUGACUACAAGGCAGUAUCUGAUGAUGAGCUUGAUUUAAAAAAGGGAGAUGUUGUGAGGAUCAUCUCUAAGGAAACAGAGGAUGAGGGCUGGUGGGAAGGUGACCUGAAUGGACACAGGGGCUUCUUCCCAGACAACUUUGUGAUGAUGAUCCCAACAGCCUCCACCGUCCAGCUGAAUGUCAUGAGCAAGCCUCCAGCCCGAUGUGGAGCUGAACAUCCUCCAGCGACCUUGUCAAUGGAGAAGGCACCUCCUUAUGACAACACUGAUCAUGAUUCGAAAAAUGAAACAAAAGAGGAAAAGGUGGAGACCAAAGACCUGAGAAGUGACCCCCCUAACAAGUUGAAGCUCCCAGGCCUGAAGAAAGCUCCCCCACCCCCAUUAAAGGAUAAGCCUAAAAAGCCUGGCGAUGUAUCACCAUUGUCACCAAGACCAACAGAAGAUAAAACUAAAGAGUGGCAACAGUUUGAUAUAAUGGACGUGUCCUCGGCGAAACUGACCCACCCUACAGCCAACAGAGCCAAGCCACCCCAAAGGAGACCACCAACAAACAUGCACACCCCAUCAAGUCCCUCAGAGGAAGAGAAGGAAGAUGAAUCCAGCACAGUUUCAAAGGAGCUGCCUGGAAUAACAAAGAGCACAGAAAAUCACCUGCCUUCACCUACACAUCAUGAGCUGGUGAUGCAGGUGCCCAAGCUGCCAUCAGCACUAAACUCCAGAAUAGUCAAACCCAAUGGUGACAUCAAGCCAAGUCCAAAGCCCUCUCAGAAUGACAGCAAAGCCACAGAAGACAUCAGAGCUGAGGUCCGAGAACUCAGCAUGGCACUGGAUCUGCUCAAGACUCGGCAUGAGAAAGACAUUGAGGAGCUGAAGGAGGAGCUGAGAGAGGAGAGGGUCAAACGCAUGGCUCUGCAGGACGAGGUCCAGCUUCUGAAGAAGACUGUGAACCAUCACUGAGUCACACUGGUGAUCUGAAUAUUUUUCCUAGUAACAACACCUCCCCUACCUGAUAAUACACUGUUUUGGGAUAGUUGGAAGUCAGCAAAAUCAGUGAAUCAACUUAAAUGCCUGUCUGGAGGAGCAAGAGUCCAGCAGCUAUGUGUAAAAUAUGUGGAUGAUCUGUGUUUGCCAAGUCCUACUACCAGAACCAUACAGUUUUUUAUAAGAGAAUUUUGAGGCCCUUGGUCAAUAGAAUUGUUUUACUAUUUCUUUGAGAAAAAGCUUUAGGAUUAAGGAAAAUGGUUUAGAUGGGAGGUUUAUAAUGGUUCAUUGUUUGCUGGAAUAACCCAUGGAAAAUUUAUCUUGCUUUCAUAUUCCAUGUUGUUCAUGCUGGGUGAAAACUGUACAUAAACUGUGAUAUUUUAGUGUUUGUUUAUUACAUUUCUUGGUGUACAAUGCAGAGUUUUCAU